CGGCCCACAGUAGUUAAGAAUUAAAAUUGGAAGAUACUUGUUUUGGUCUCUGAGCUUACUUAGUCUCUUUUCUAUUCAGUAAGGACCAAGGAACGGGCACACACAUAAUGUCAGUCAAAAAUAUUUGUUGCAUUGGUGCUGGCUAUGUGGGCGGUCCAACAUGCACUGUCAUUGCUGAUAAAUGUUCGGACAUCAAAGUGACGGUUGUCGACAUUAACCAGCGACGGAUAGACGAAUGGAACUCCGACACUCUGCCUAUCUUUGAGCCAGGGCUUGAGGAAAUAGUCAAAAGGAACCGCGGGAAGAAUCUCUUCUUUUCCACCGAUGUCACUCAAGCUGUGCUAGAAGCCGAUCUCAUAUUUAUAUCUGUGAACACGCCCACUAAGACGUUCGGAAUGGGCAAAGGGAGAGCCCCUGAUUUAAAGUACAUCGAAUCGGCCGCUAGGAAGAUUGCAGACACGGCAAAAUCUGCAAAGAUUAUUGUCGAGAAGAGUACCGUCCCCGUUAAAGCUGCUGAGAGUAUUUCAAAAAUACUAAAACAUAAUUCAAAGUGUACUGGUUUUCAGGUUUUAUCUAAUCCUGAGUUUCUAGCCGAGGGUACAGCCAUUAGGGACCUCCUUAAUCCCGACCGUGUUCUGAUUGGUGGCGAUACCUCAAAGGAGGGACAGGCGGCCAUUAGGGCACUCUCUGAAGUCUAUGAGAGGUGGGUACCCAAAGAGAGGGUACUCACUACUAACACGUGGUCGUCAGAGCUCUCUAAACUGACGGCGAAUGCAUUCUUAGCUCAGCGCAUAUCCUCUAUAAACGCAAUCAGUGCCGUUUGUGAGGCAACUGGGGCGGACGUGAGCGAAGUCUCCUACGCCAUUGGGAAAGACUCAAGGAUCGGGGAUAAGUUCUUGCGGGCUAGUAUCGGGUUUGGCGGGAGCUGCUUCCAGAAGGACGUUCUUAAUUUGGUGUAUCUCUGCGAGGCUCUGAACCUUCCUGAAGUGGCUGAGUAUUGGCAUCAGGUCAUAUUGAUGAAUAACUUUCAGAGAAGGAGGUUCGUUAAUAAGAUAAUCAAGAGGCUUUUUGGGACCAUCACAGGUAAGAAAAUAACAAUAUAUGGGUUUGCAUUCAAGAAAGACACAGGUGACACUCGUGAGUCCUCCAGUAUAUACAUCACCAAGUACCUUCUAGAAGAGGAGGCACGUAUCGUCAUCUAUGACCCAAAAGUAUCCGAGGAUCAGAUUCGAUCUGACCUCUCUGACUGCGAGAGCUUCCAUUCUCCGUCUGAUUUUGACCGCUAUGUGACGAUAUGUAAAGAUCCUUAUGAGGCUGCCAAAGACUCGCAUGCUCUUGUCAUCUGUACCGAAUGGGACGAGUUUGUUACGCUGGAUUACGAAAGGAUUUACGGUCUUAUGGAGAAGCCUGCCUUUAUUUUUGACGGUCGCCUAAUCCUUAAGCACGAGGCUCUUAGGAAGAUUGGUUUUCAAGUUGAUGUCGUUGGAAAGGACUUUUCCUAAUGAUUACGUGGUGUUAUACUUGAUGGAAUAUUAAUAGCACAAAAAUAAGAGUGCAUCUACUUUUGACAAUAGUAAUAUAUACUUAUUGUAGAAGUGUAUAGGAUUUAUCUUUUAUUAACAGUGCACACUAUUUUAAUGGAG